CAAGCAAGAUCUGCUGCUGUUCCUUUUGUUAGAUUCUACAGUGAAGAAGCUAAAAAAUCAGAAGGUGAAGAAGCUGCCAAAGAUGAAAAUGCUGCUCCACAAGAAAAAGAUGAAGUUACCACUUUGAAAGAAGAAAUCGAAAAGAACAAAAAAGAUUUAGCAGUCUUCAAAGAUAAAUAUUUAAGAGCUGUUGCAGAUUUCCAAAAUUUACAAGAAUCAACUAAACGUGAAAUUACAAAAUCAAAAGAAUUGGCUUUGAAAUCAUUUGCCAAAGAUUUAUUACAAACUGCUGAUACUUUUGACAUUGCUUUAAACACUUUAGAAAAAGAUGCUGCUGAACCAGAAAAACACACCAAAGAAAUGAAAGAUUUAGUUGAAGGUGUUAAGAUCACCCAAAAUAUGUUCAACAACACUUUAAAAAGACAUGGUUUAGAAAGAUUUGAACCAGUUGGUGAACCAUUUGAUCCAAAUGUUCAUGAAGCUGUUUUCGAAGUCCCACAACCAGAUAAAGAAGCUGGUAGUGUCUUCUUCGUUCAACAACCAGGUUACUACUUGAACAAACGUGUCUUGCGUCCAGCUAAAGUUGGUGUUGUCAAA